CCAACAGAUAGUGAUCUAUCUGCAAGGAAUAGAAUCACAUUACGUUGGAUGCUCCUAAUUAAAGUCUUACGUGUAAUUAACCCUCUUCUUUUAUUGAAUGAUGAUGUGAUGACGAGUACGAGACUUGUGAGCAGGCGUUUUUUUGCAAAUACUACGAAAAUUGGGCACCACAUAAUCUGAGUGGAACCGAAGCACGCCAAGGGACCAAGCGAAAAACAACCCUCAACCUUCACCAAUCACUUGAACACAUCCCGUCCCCUCUCUCUCUCUCUCAGCUCAGGGAGUUCACCGCUCCGUUUCAUGGCUUCAACAGCCUCCUCGACGUUCUCUUGCCUGCUUUUAAGCAAGAAACAGAGGCAUCUUAAGCCACGACGGAUGCACGUCAGGGCCUCCGACGAUCCAUCUGGCGAUGCUACGGGAACUAAACGGAAGCCUGUAAUUGAUACGAGGAUCCACUGGUCGAAUGAAGAUGAAGGUUGGAUUGGGGGGAGGUCGAAGCCCGAAACCGAGUACCAGUUUCUUGGAGUCUCCGCGGAUGCAGAUGUCGAAGAAAUCAAAGCAGCAUACCGGAAACUCUCUAAAGAGUACCAUCCAGAUACAACCUCGCUCCCUCUCAAAACAGCCUCAGAGAAAUUCAUGCAGCUGAGAGAAGCCUACAACGUUCUCAGCAACGAAAACAGCCGCCAGUUCUAUGACUGGACGCUUGCCCAAGAGGCCGAGAGCAUGCGAGCUCAACGAAUGAGGAUGAGGAUCGAGGAUCCAUACGAACAAGAUCUGAGGAACUGGGAGUCGAUUCCUGAUACCGUGGAUCGUCUUGGUGGGAAGAAUAUGAAGCUCAGUGAUCAGGCAAUGACCGCGUUGACGAUUGACGUUGUGAUCAUUGUAUUUUCCAUCAUCAGUGUUAUUGUGUACGUUUUGUUUUUUCAGGACUCGUAUUGAGUUCUAUCUUUUAGUUCUCGUAAUUAUCAAUAUGAACAAUUAUAAAGA